UUUCACCUCCCUCACACAUCCCAGCCUCCACCCAUUCUCUCUAUCCACCAGACGCCCUUCCUAUUGGGCGUGCCGCUGUGAGUUGACAGAGACUGCAGGUGGAGCGAGCAUUCUACUGCAGGCCUGACAACAGGCUCUCUGGGACCUCCACUGUAGCAGCUGAUGCCCUGCGCGCCUCCCCUGACAAUCUCUUCUGACAAUUUUGGCGUCUGAUUACAGUGUCCUCAAAUGUCUGUGUGCGAUGAUGGGCUCGUGGACGUAGACUUAGGCUUCGAGCACACCAAGCACGCUCCAGAAAUCGCGGUUAUGUCGAGAAGCGCUAGUGCGGAACGAGGGUACGGAGGGUAUGGAGGGGCAAGAGGCAGGAAUGGCGGGCGGACUCGCGACACGUUGCUAGAAGAAUCGUUCUUAAUUCCGAAUUCCGGCCACGUGCGCGCCGUGCUGAUGGUCGACGGGAUUGUGUGGCACAGGGUGGACGAAUCGGCCAGCCAGGGUUGCCCCGCCACCUUCCCGUGCCAUGACUGCGGCUCGGGACAGCCAAAUGCCAGCUCAGCACCCAUCGGCGAAAUCUACGCCGUCGAAAUGCUCGCAGAGGCAUCCGUUAAGAGCAGCUUCUUUGCGAGUCCCGCUAAGAUGCAUCAAUUUGCGGUGCACACCUUCCGCCGCUCCGCCGACCGCUGGAUUCCGCUCAAGCUGGUCUUCUGCCACGUCAGCGCUGACGUGUGCCAGCAAUGGACGGACCGCAUCCUCUCGCUCCUGCGCGCCGACCCGGAGCGCCCUAGGAGCCUCCUAGUGUUCGUGAACCCUAUUGGCGGGCGCAAGAAGGGUUUAAAGACGUGGGAGGCGGUGCGACCCGUGUUCGACCGCGCGGGUGUCGCCGUGCAGGUGGUGAUAACCAGCCGUCGCAACCACGCGCGCGACAUGCUGCAGAACGCGUCGGACAAGGAGCUCUGCCAGCUCGACGGGAUCAUCGUCGUGGUGAGGCGGCGACGGGUUAUUCAACGAAGCCCUCAACGGCCUGGCGAAGCGCCGCCACCGCGCGUUCCCGUGCGUGAGACCCGCGCGCCUCUCCCUACCGCCCCCUCUACAGUCAACCCCGGUAGAGGCAGAAGCGCGGCGGGCGGGAGGAGCGCCAGCAGCAGCAGCAGCAGUUUUUUGGGGCAGCAGCGUAGCAGCGACACGCUUUUACAGAAGGCUAGGGUUGAAAGCGGACCCCAAUGCGUUGCUCUAGAGAAGGAGGAAUGCGUAGCGGACGGAGUUAGGACGUUCAGGGACAAUGGAAUAGCAGGACGGGAUUUGGAGCAGUUGCCAGACUGGCAAGUUUCAACGACAGCAGAGAAAGAAGAGGCGGAUGAGGAGGAGGAGGAGGAGGAGGAGGAGGAGGAGGAGGAGGAGGAGGAGAGGCAGGAGAGGCAGGAGAGGCGGGAGAAGGGAGAAAAUGAGCUUGUAAUUGUUUCGGAUGGUGCUGCCGACGCUGCUGCAGGCUUGGACCAAGCCUGUGCCUCUGGUUUGGAGAGAAGGUUGACGCUCGGCAGGUUCUGCAGGCAGGAGAGCCAAAUGGAGGCAGAUUCACUGCAUCUGGACAGCACAGUCAAGGCAGGCGGAAUAGGAGGAGGAAAGGAGGGGGAUGAAGAGGAGGGGGGAGAAGAAAGGGGAGAGGAGAGAGAGGAGGAACGAGGAGGGGAGAGAGGGGAGGAGGGGGAGAGGGAGGGUCGGAAACGGCUGGGAAGCAAGGGGUGGCUGGCUGCUGCCGGAUUAGAUUUGUCCAGCUGGCGACAGAAUAAUGACAAGAACAUGGCCGCAUGCAGACAAGCUGACGGGCGGCUCGCUGACGUGGACUGUGAUGAUUCGCCGAGAGGCGCAGGCAUGGGUCUGGAUGCCCCUGGUCUGGAUACCCCUGCUGGUUUGGGUACCCCUGGUGUAGAUACCCCCGCUGGUUUCAAUUCUACUGGGUAUGGUUAUGACACUCCCAAAGGCUACUAUGCAACCCCCAAGGCCGGGUCGUACUAUGAGACUCCUAAACCCGGGAGUGGCGGGGGUGGCUACUAUUUCCCGACUCCCAAGGAGGGCGGGAUGAAGGGGUUCUACGACACGCCCAAGGCGCAGCAGGCUCGGCGCAGCUUCGGCCGAACCAGCUUUGAUCCGGGAGCUAGGAACGCGACUUUCUUGAGUGACUGGGGUUCGCUGAGGGAGGGAGAGGAGGGGGAGGAGGAGGAGGGAGGGGAGGGAGGGGAGGGGGGAGGAGGGGUGGAGUUUGGGAGGGGAGUGGGGGAGGAUGGGGGGGUGGGGCUGUGCCUGCCUAGGCGGCUGAGGAUUGGGAUCAUCCCUGCUGGGUCGACCGAUUGCAUUGCCAUGAGUCCAGUUGUAUUUUGAGUCGACUCAAAGUACCCCGUAUAU